UGGGGAUAGCUGAAAUUAAAUACGGAGAUUCAAUUUGCUUUCUGAUGCACGUGGACAGCGGACUGUGGGUGUCCUACCAAGCUCCGGAUGCCAAAUCAACACGUCUGGGACCCCUGAAAAGAAGGGCUAUACUUCAUCAAGAAGGACACAUGGAUGAUGGUGUGGCGUUACAGCGCUGCCAGCACGAAGAAUUCCAAGCGGCGCGUAUCAUCCGCAACACGUCAGAGCUGUUCAGUCUCUUUAUCAGAGACCUGGACAGUCUGAGUGGAAAGAACCGAGUCUCUGUCACCCUGCCUAUUGAGGAGGUUAUGCAGACCCUGAACGACCUUAUUGACUACUUCCAGCCCCCGGAGGAGGAGGCGGCGUACGAGGAGAAGCAGAACAAGCUGCGCUCGCUGAAGAACCGGCAGAACCUCUUCAAGGAGGAGGGAAUGCUCACCUUGGUCUCGAACUGCAUCGACCGACUCAACAUCUACGACAGCGCGGUGCACUUUCGGGAGUAUGCAGGCGAGGAAGCUGGGGCCGCAUGGAAGGACAUUCUCAACCUGCUUUAUGAGUUACUAGCUGCCCUGAUUCGCGGCAACAGAAGCAACUGCACCCAGUUCUCAAAGAACCUGGACUGGCUAGUCAGCAAACUGGACCGGCUGGAGUCCUCGUCAGGAAUUAUUGAAGUCCUUCACUGCAUCCUAAUUGAAAGCCCUGAAGCCCUGAACAUCAUCCAGAGAGGACACAUCAAGUCUGUAAUCUCCCUGCUGGAGAAACAUGGACGCAAUCAUAAGGUUUUGGAUGUGCUGUGCUCUCUGUGCGUGUGCAAUGGGGUGGCCGUGAGAACCAAUCAGAACCUGAUCUGUGACAACCUACUGUCUCGGAGGGACCUGCUUCUGCAGAGCCGCAUGGUGAAUGAUGUCACGAGCAUGAGGCCAAACAUCUUCCUGGGCGUCAGCGAGGGUUCUGCCCAGUACAAGAAGUGGUAUUACGAGCUAAUAAUCGACCAGGUUGACCCCUUUGUGACCAACGAGCCCUCACACCUGCGGGUCGGCUGGGCCAACACAAAAGGGUAUGCCCCCUACCCUGGAGGUGGAGAGGGCUGGGGCGGGAAUGGGGUCGGGGACGACCUCUACUCCUAUGGCUUUGACGGGCUUCAGCUGUGGUCAGGCCGAGUGCCCCGAGUUGUGGCGUCAGUGAAUCAGCACCUGCUGACCUCGGAUGACGUGGUGAGCUGCUGCCUGGACCUGGGGGCCCCGAGCAUCUCGUUCCGUAUCAACGGGCAGCCAGUGCAGGGCAUGUUCGAGAACUUCAACAUCGACGGGCUCCUCUUCCCCGUCGUCAGCAUCUCUGCAGGAGUCAAGGUGCGUUUCUUGCUGGGAGGUCGCCAUGGAGACUUCAAGUUCCUGCCACCUGCGGGCUAUGCCCCUUGCUACGAGGCCCUGCUGCCCAAGGAGAAGAUGAGGGUGGAGCCAGUGAAGGAGUACAAGCGGGACUACGAUGGCGUUCGGGAUUUGUUGGGAACCACAGAGUUCCUGUCCCAAGCCUCCUUCGUCCCCAUGCCUGUCGAGACCGGCCAGAUCGUCUUGCCUCCCCACCUAGAAAAAGUCAGAGACAAAUUGGCAGAAAAUAUCCAUGAGCUGUGGGGUAUGAACAAGAUCGAACUUGGCUGGAACUAUGGAAAGGUUCGAGAUGACAACAAAAGGCAGCACCCCUGUCUCGUGGAUUUCUCCAAAUUGCCCGAAACAGAAAAAAAUUAUAACCUCCAGAUGUCAACCGAAACUUUAAAGACCCUCUUGGCUCUGGGCUGCCAUGUUGUUCAGGUGAAGAUGAAUGCAGAAGAAGAUCUGAAAAAAACUAAACUUCCCAAGAACUACAUGAUGUCGAACGGUUAUAAACCUGCGCCGCUGGAACUUUCUGAAGUGAAGCUGAUCCCAGCUCAGGAAGUUUUGGUUGAUAAACUUGCUGAGAAUGCGCACAACGUCUGGGCAAAGGACAGAAUUAAGCAAGGAUGGACCUAUGGCAUUCAACAGGAUCUGAAGAACAAAAGGAAUCCUCGUUUGGUGCCAUAUGCAUUAUUAGAUGAGCGCACAAAGAAAUCGAACAGAGAUAGCUUGCGUGAGGCUGUCCGAACAUUGAUUGGCUAUGGAUUCAUCAUUGAACCUGCUGACCAGGAGAGUGCCGGUCAGAGUUUAGAGCGCUUGAGUAUUGAUAACAUACGGUUCUUCCGGGUGGAGAAGACCUACGCAGUGAAGACAGGGAAGUGGUACUUUGAGUUCGAGGCUGUCAGUGGAGGAGACAUGCGCGUGGGCUGGGCCAGGCCGGGCUGCAGGCCUGACGUUGACCUCGGGACGGAUGACCAGGCCUUUAUAUUUAACGGGUUCCAGGGUCAAAGCAUGCAUCAGGGAUCCAAGUUCUUUGGUCGCUCCUGGAAGGCAGGUGACGUGGUUGGCUGUAUGAUUGACAUGGAAGAUAAAUCCAUGAUCUUCACUCUGAAUGGAGUGAUCCUAAUCACUAACACAGGCUCUGAACUCUGUUUCACUGACUUUGAAGUUGAAGAUGGUUUCAUUCCUGUGUGCAGCCUGGGUCUGUCUCAGAUCGGCCGCAUGAACCUGGGCAAGGACGCAAGCACCUUUAAAUACUACACCAUGUGCGGCCUGCAGGAGGGCUUUGAGCCCUUCGCCGUCAACAUGAACCGCGACGUCGCCGUGUGGUUCAGCAAGCGUUUGCCCACUUUCAUCAACGUGCCACAAAACCACGCCCACGUGGGGGUUACACGAAUCGAUGGGACCAUCGACAGUCCGCCCUGUCUCAAAGUGACUCACAAGACGUUUGGCACGCAGAACAGCAAUGCAGACAUAGUGUACUGUCGACUUAGCAUGCCUGUGGAGUUCCACUCCUCCUUCCGGAAUGGAACUCUUAAUGAUUCCGAGAGCGAGCUGCACGACGAAUCACAGAAACCAAAGCAGAGGUUUCCACUAAAAUCCCAAAAACAAGUUGAUGAAACUACUUCUAGAGGGCCAGAAUAUGGAAAGAUCACUGCGUACUACUACUCUGUGCGAGUGUUCGGGGGACAGGACCCCUCCAGUGUGUGGGUGGGCUGGGUGACCCCUGAUUACCAUUACUGCAGUAGCACCUUUGACCUGAACCGGAACCGCACUGUCACCGUCACGCUGGGAGAUGAGAGGGGACGUGUCCACGAGAGUGUGAAGCGCAGUAACUGCUACAUGGUGUGGGGGGGUGAUGCCGUUGGUGCCCGCGGGACGACCUGUGGCAGCACAGACCUGGAGAUCGGCUGUCACAUUGACCUGGCCACCGGCUUCGUCUCUUUCACCGCCAAUGGGAAGGACCUGGGCACCUCCUACCAGGUUGAGCCCAAUUCCAAGCUGUUCCCUGCUGUGUUUGUGCAGCCCACGAGUCCCAAUCUGUUCCAGUUUGAACUGGGGAAACUGAAGAAUGCAAUGCCGCUGUCGUCUGCCCUCUUCAAGAGUGAGAACAAGAACCCAGUCCCGCAGUGCCCGCCUCGCCUGGAUGUGCAGACCAUCACAUCCGUGCUGUGGAGCCGCAUGCCCAACUCCUUCUUGAAGGUGGAGACAGCACGGGUCAGCGAGCGGCAUGGCUGGGUGGUGCAGUGCCUCGAACCCCUGCAGUUAAUGGCCCUGCACAUCCCAGAGGAGAACAGGUGCAUUGACAUUUUAGAACUUUCCGAACAAGAUGACUUAAUGAAGUUCCACUACCACACCCUCAAACUCUACUGCGCUUUGUGUGCUCUCGGCAACAGUCGCAUUUCACACACGCUGUGCAGCCACGUGGACCAGUCCCAGUUGUUCUACGCCAUCGACAACCAAUACCUGCCAGGGAUGCUGCGUAGUGGCUUCUACGACGUGCUCAUCAGCAUUCACCUGGAGACCGCCAAGGAGGCCAGGCUAAUGAUGAACAAUGAGUUCAUCAUCCCGAUAACUGACGAAACCAGGAGCAUCAAGUUGUUCCCAGAUGAGUCUAAGAAGCACACCCUGCCCGGAGUUGGUCUUAGCACAUCCCUCAAGCCGCGGCUGAACUUCUCCCCUGUGUGCUUCGUCACCGCCAACCCCAAGCGGCAGCUGCACACCCCGGAGAUCCCCCUGGAUGCUCUGAAGGAGAGGGCUCUUGGCAUGCUGACGGAGGCGGUGCAGGGAGGAGGCCAUCACAUCCGAGACCCCGUGGGCGGCAGUGUGGAGUUCCAGCUCGUCCCCAUCCUUAAGCUGAUUGGCACGCUGCUCAUCAUGGGCGUGAUGACGGAUGAGGACAUGAAGCAGAUCCUCAUCCUGAUUGACCCCAACGUGUUCGGAGAGCAGAAAGAGGAGGAGCUGCAGGAAGAGGCCAAGGAGAAGGAGGAAGUGACAAGCAAUGAGGAGAAGGCGGUGGAAGCUGGAGAGGAGGAAGCAAAGGAUGCAAAGAAGCCCAUGAAGGGUCUGUUGGAGAAGAGACUGCCAGAGUCUGUGAAACAACAGAUGUGUGAGCUCCUUCAUUAUUUCUGUGACUGCGAGUUGAGACACAGAAUUGAGGCUAUCGUCUCCUUCUCGGACUACUUCGUUUCAAAGCUGCAGUUCAAUCAGAAGUUUCGCUACAACGAGUUGAUGCUGGCCUUGAACAUGUCUGCGGCCGUGACAGCCAAGAAAACCAGAGAGUUCCGAUCGUCUCCACAAGAGCAGAUCAACAUGUUGUUAAACUACAAACUCGGAGAAGACUGCCCCUGUCCGGAUGAAAUCCGUGAGGAGAUGUACGAGUUCCACGAUGACCUCCUUUUGCACUGUGGCAUCCCUCUGGAAGAGGAGGAGGAGGUGGAGCAGGACACCUCCAUUAGGGGCCGGCUACUCUCCCUGGUGCACAAGAUCAAAGGAGCACCCAAGAAGCAGGAGGAGCCCACCGAGAAGGAGCAGGCAGCCCCCACCACCCUGAAGGAGCUGAUCUCUCAGACCAUGGUGAGCUGGGCCCAGGAGUCUCACAUCCAGGACCCCGAGCUGGUGCGCGUGAUGUUCAGUCUGCUGCACCGGCAGUACGACAGCAUCGGGGAGCUGCUGCGCGCCAUGAGGAAGGGCUACACCAUCAGCGCGGCCUCCGUGCAGGACACCAUCAACCUGCUGGCCUCCCUGGGGCAGAUCCGCUCCCUGCUCAGCGUGCGCAUGGGCAAAGAGGAGGAGAAGCUCAUGAUCAACGGACUGGGGGACAUCAUGAACAACAAGGUGUUUUACCAGCACCCCAAUCUGAUGAGAGUGCUGGGCAUGCACGAGACUGUGAUGGAGGUCAUGGUGAAUGUGCUCGGAGGGGACAAAUCUCAGAUUACUUUUCCCAAGAUGGUGGCAAGCUGCUGUCGAUUUUUGUGCUACUUUUGCCGCAUCAGCAGUCAGAACCAGAAGUCCAUGUUUGAUCAUCUCAGCUACCUAUUGGAGAACAGCAGUGUUGGACUGGCGUCUCCGGCAAUGAGAGGCUCCACCCCCUUGGAUGUGGCCGCCGCCUCUGUGAUGGACAACAACGGGCUGGCUCUGGCCUUGGAGGAGCCUGACCUGGACAAGGUCGUAACAUACUUGGCAGGCUGUGGGCUCCAGAGCUGCCCCAUGCUAUUGGCUAAAGGGUACCCUGACAUCGGGUGGAAUCCAAUCGAAGGGGAGCGCUACCUGUCUUUCCUGCGCUUUGCUGUAUUUGUCAACGGGGAGAGUGUUGAAGAGAACUCCAGCGUGGUGGUGAAGCUUCUGAUCCGUCACCCCGAGUGCUUCGGCCCGGCUCUGCGUGGGGAGGGGGGGAAGGGCCUGCUGGGGGCCAUGAAGGAGGCCAUUAGCAUCUCUGAGAACCCCGCUCUCGAUGUGCCCAGCGGUCCCCCGGGACUCCAGAGAGACGCGACUGGGGAGGAGGAGGAAGAGGAGGAGAUUGUUCACAUGGGCAAUGCCAUCAUGUCCUUCUACUCCGCUCUCAUUGACCUGCUGGGUCGCUGCGCACCGGAGAUGCAUCUAAUCAACAAAGGGAAGGGGGAAGCUCUCCGGAUCAGAUCCAUUCUGCGAUCCCUGGUGCCAACUGAGGACCUGGUGGGCAUUAUCAGCAUACCACUUAAAAUGCCAACUGUGAAUAAAGAUGGCUCCGUCACUGAGCCUGACAUGUCUGGUACUUUCUGUCCUGACCACAAGGCCCCAAUGGUGCUGUUCCUGGAGCGUGUCUAUGGGGUCGAGGACCAGAGCUUCCUGCUCCAUCUGCUGGAGGUGGGCUUCCUGCCGGACCUCAGGGCCUCAGCCUCCCUCGACACGGAGGCUCUGAGCACCACUGAGAUGGCUCUGGCUAUGAACAGGUAUAUUUGCUCGGCCGUGCUGCACCUGCUCACUCGCUGCGCUCCCCAAUUCGCCGGCACAGAGCACCACGCCUCCCUGAUAGACUCCACCUUGCACACCAUCUACAGGCUCUCCAAGGGCCGCUCGCUCACCAAAGCACAGAGGGACGCAAUCGAGGAAUGCUUGCUGGGUAUUUGUAGCUACCUGCGGCCCUCGAUGUUGCAGCAGCUUCUGCGUCGCCUGGUCUUUGACGUGCCUUUGCUGACUGAGUAUUGCAAGAUGCCCCUGAAGCUGCUAACCAAUCACUACGAGCGGAGCUGGAAGUACUACUGCCUCCCCAUGGGCUGGGGGAGCUAUGGCAUGGCCUCUGAGGAGGAGGUGCUCCUCACCAAAAAGCUCUUCUGGGGAAUCUUUGACGCUCUAUCUCAAAAGUCCCUAUUAUUCCUGCAGAAGUACGACCCCGAGCUCUUCAAAAUGGCCAUGCCCUGCCUCAGUGCGAUCUCCGGGGCUCUGCCUCCCGAUUACGUGGACUCCAGCAUUACCAGCAUACUGGAGAAGCAGGCAUCAGUGGAUGCACAGGGAAACUUUGAUCCCAAACCUAUUAGUACUUCCAACAUUUCCCUUCCAGAAAAGAUUGAAUACGUUGCCAACAAAUAUGCCGAACACUCUCAUGACAAGUGGGCAUCUGAAAAGGUGGUGGGGGGGUGGAAAUAUGGGGAGACGGUUGAUGAGAAAUUGAAGACUCAUCCUUUGCUGAGGCCGUACAAGUCAUUAGCAGAGAAGGAGCGAGAGAUUUAUCGCUGGCCUGUUAAAGAAUCUCUUAAGAGCAUGUUGGCUAUGGGCUGGAAUAUUGAGAGGACCAAAGAGGGUGAUGCCAUGUUUCAGCAACGAGAAAGUGAGAAACUGCGCAAGAUCUCCCAGUCGUCACAGGGUAAUGGCUACAGCCCAUGUCCGCUUGACAUGAGCAAUGUUGUUCUUUCCCGAGAGCUCCAGGCAAUGGUUGAUGUUGUUGCAGAAAACUACCAUAACAUAUGGGCUAAAAAGAAGAGAAUAGAAUUAGGAAGAGGAGGCGGGAGCCACCCCCUGUUGGUUCCCUAUGACACUCUGACUGCCAAGGAGAAAGCCAGGGACCGGGAGAAGGCUCAGGAGCUCUUCAAGUUUCUGCAGAUCAGCGGCUACACCAUUACCAGAGGCUUGAAGGACAUGGAGCAGGAUGCCUCAUCCAUUGAGAAGAGGUUUGCUUAUAAAUUCCUGAGGAAGCUGCUGAAGUAUGUUGACUCUGCUCAGGAAUUCAUUGCCCACUUGGAGGCUAUGGUCAGCAGUGGGAAAGCUGACAAAUCUCCUUAUGAGCAGGAAAUCAAGUUUUUUGCAAAGGUUCUUCUUCCACUGAUUCACCACUACUUUCAGAAUCACAGUCUGUACUUCCUGUCCUCCCCCACUAAAACUCUGAGCAGCAGCGGCUACGCGUCCAACAAGGAGAAAGAGAUGGUGACCAGUUUGUUCUGUAAGCUGGCAGCUCUUGUCAGACACAGGAUUUCACUCUUUGGCAGUGAUUCUACUACGAUGGUGAGCUGUCUGCAUAUCCUGGCUCGCACUCUUGAUACCAGAACUGUGAUGAAAUCGGGCUCGGAGCUCGUGAAGGCUAGCCUGCGCACCUUCUUUGACAGUGCGGCGGAGGAUCUGGAGAAGACCUUGGAAAACCUGAAGCUGGGGAAAUUCACUCAUUCCAGGACUCAGAUGAAGGGAGUCUCCCAGAACAUCAACUACACCACAGUGGCCUUGCUGCCCAUCCUCACCUCCCUGUUCGAGCACAUCACGCAGAACCAGUUCGGGUUGGACCUGCUCUUGGACGAUGUUCAAGUCUCCUGCUAUAGGAUCCUGUGCAGUCUGUACGCUUUGGGGACUGGAAAGAACAUCUACGUUGAAAGGCAGCGUCCAGCCCUGGGGGAGUGCCUGGCCACUCUUACGGGAGCCAUGCCGGUCGCGUUCCUCGAGCCCCAUCUCAACCUCCACAACCCCCACUCUGUGUUUAACAUGAAGACGCCACGGGAGAGAGCCGUUCUCGGCAUGCCGGACACUGUCGAGGAGAUGUGUCCUGAUAUGCCGCAGCUAGAUGGGUUGAUGAAGGAUAUCAACAACAUGGCGGAGUCGGGGGCGCGAUACACCGAGAUGCCCCAUGUGAUUGAGGUCAUACUGCCCAUGCUGUGUAACUACCUGUCGUACUGGUGGGAGAAGGGUCCAGAGAACAACCCCAAGUCGGCCGGGUCCUGCUGCACCAUGGUAACCUCAGAACACCUGAGUAUCAUCCUGGGGAACAUCCUGAAGAUACUCAACAACAACCUGGGCAUUGACGAGGCCUCCUGGAUGAAGAGAAUCGCCGUGUACGCCCAGCCCAUCAUUUGCAAAGCACAACCCGACCUGCUCAGGUCACACUUCCUGCCCACGCUGGAGAAGCUGAAGAAGAAGACGGUGAAGGUGGUUGUGGAGGAGGAGCUGCUGAAGGCUGACAGCAAAGGAGACACGCAGGAGGCCGAGCUGCUCAUCCUGGACGAGUUCGCUGUGCUCUGCCGGGACCUCUACUCCUUCUACCCCAUGCUCAUCCGCUAUGUGGACAACAACAGGUCAAGAUGGCUGAAAGAGCCUGAUGCAGAUUCUAACGAACUGUUCCGCAUGGUGGCUGAGGUCUUUAUCCUGUGGUGUAAAUCUCACAACUUUAAACGAGAGGAGCAAAACUUUGUGAUUCAAAAUGAAAUCAACAACUUGUCAUUCCUAACGGGAGACAACAAGAGCAAGAUGUCAAAGUCAUUGUCUGUAAAGGUACAGACUGGAGGGCAGGACCAGGAGAGGAAGAGGACGAAGCGCCGCGGAGAGCUGUACUCCGUCCAGACCUCCCUCAUUGUAGCAGCCCUGAAGAAGAUGCUGCCCAUCGGCCUCAACAUGUGCACCCCAGGGGACCAGGAGCUCAUCUCACUGGCCAAAGGAAGAUACAGCCUUAGAGAUACAGAUGAAGAGGUCAAAGAUCAUCUACGCCAAAACCUUCACUUGCAGGAGAAGUCGGAGGACCCUGCAGUGAGGUGGCAGAUGAAUCUUUACAAAGACGUGGUUGUGAAGAACGAGGAGCCGCCAGACCCUGAGCACACUGUGGACAGAGUGCAGAGCAUCUCAGCAGCUGUCUUCCACCUGGAGCAGGUUGAGCAACCUUUGAGAUCGAAGAAGGCAGUGUGGCACAAGCUCCUGUCCAAGCAGCGCAAGAGGGCUGUGGUGGCCUGCUUUAGGAUGGCUCCUCUGUACAACCUGCCCAGACACAAAAAUAACAAUUACUUCCUGAGCUCCUAUCAACAUUUAUGGCUGGAAAAAAUGCAUGAGACAGCAGACUGUGACAGUCUGAUCUUCAUGUUAACGCUAUUUGUGCAGAAACCCCAGGGCAAGGCAGAAGAGGAGGAGGAGGAGGAGGCUAACAAGCAGCCCGAUCCUCUUCAUCAGCUCAUUCUGCACUUCAGCCGCAAUGCCCUCACUGAGAGGAGCGCUCUUGAAGAAGAUCCUUUGUAUAUUGCAUAUGCAGACAUGAUGGCGAAGAGCUGCCAGGGUGAAGAGGAGGAAGAAGAGGUAGAAGAGGGGAAAGAGAAGACAUUUGAGGAAAAAGAGAUGGAGAAGCAGAAGACUCUAUACCAGCAGGCAAGACUGCACGACCGCGGGGCUGCAGAGAUGGUGCUGCAGAUGAUCAGCGCCAGCAAAGGUGCAAUGGGACCCAUGAUUGUGUACACCCUGAAGCUUGGUAUCGCCAUGCUAAAUGGGGGGAACACUGUGGUGCAGCAGAAAAUGCUGGAUUAUUUGAAAGAGAAAAGGGAUGGUGGGUUUUUCAAGAGUUUGUCAGGACUGAUGCAGUCUUGCAGUGUUUUGGAUUUGAAUGCUUUUGAAAGACAGAAUAAAGCUGAGGGACUUGGAAUGGUGGCUGACGAAGGAUCACUCAUGAUGCGUGAGCGGGGUGAGAAGGUUCUUCAAAAUGAUGAGUUCACUCGGGAUCUCUUUAGGUUUUUGCAGCUGCUAUGUGAAGGUCACAAUAAUGAUUUCCAGAAUUUCCUGAGAACCCAGACUGGAAACACAGCCACUGUAAACAUCAUCAUCAGCACAGUGGACUACCUGCUGCGUCUUCAGGAAUCCAUCAGUGACUUCUACUGGUACUAUUCAGGGAAGGACGUCAUGGACGAACCAGGGCAACGUAACUUCUCCAAAGCGCUUGCUGUAGCUAAACAAGUCUUUAACUCUCUUACUGAGUACAUUCAGGGCCCCUGCAUCGGGAAUCAACAGAGCCUGGCUCACAGCAGGCUCUGGGACGCGGUUGUUGGUUUCCUCCACGUCUUUGCAAACAUGCAGAAGAAGCUCUCCCAGGACUCCAGUCAGAUUGAGCUGUUGAAAGAGUUGCUGGACCUGCAGAAGGACAUGGUGGUGAUGAUGCUGUCCCUCCUGGAAGGUAAUGUUGUCAAUGGAACUAUUGGAAAGCAGAUGGUGGACACCCUUGUUGAAUCUUCCAACAAUGUGGAAAUGAUCCUGAAAUUCUUUGACAUGUUCCUUAAGUUGAAAGACCUGACGUCCUCCGAUGCCUUCAAGGAGUACGACCCUGAUGGCAAGGGAGUCAUCUCCAAGAAGGAGUUCCAGAAAGCCAUGGAGAGCCAGAGGCAGUACACUCAGUCUGAGAUCGAGUUCCUGCUGUCUUGCACAGAUGCCGAUGAGAAUGACAUGUUCAACUACGAAGAGUUUGUGGAGAGGUUCCACGAGCCAGCCAAGGACAUUGGUUUCAACGUGGCUGUGCUCCUGACCAACCUGUCUGAACACAUGCCUCACGAUACCAGGCUGGGGACUUUCCAGGAGUUAGCAGAAAAUGUACUGAAUUACUUUGAGCCCUACCUGGGUCGCAUUGAAAUCUUGGGGGGAGCCAAGCGCAUUGAGAGGGUAUACUUUGAGAUCAGCGAGUCAAGUAGAACGCAGUGGGAGAAACCACAAGUCAAGGAGUCCAAGCGACAGUUCAUCUUUGAUGUUGUCAAUGAAGGGGGUGAGAGUGAGAAAAUGGAGCUCUUUGUGAACUUCUGUGAGGACACCAUCUUUGAGAUGCAGUUGGCCUCGCAGAUCUCAGAGCCGGAUGCUGUGGAGAGACCAGAGGAAGAUGAGGAGGAGCCUUACAGCCUUCUAGAGGAGCUGACAGCGGCAGAGGAUGAGGAGGCCUCCCUGGAGUCCUCGUCUGCCUUCACCAUGGCCUGCGUUUCCAUGAAGAAGAACUUCACCAACUUCACAAAGCUUCUCACCUUAAAGAACAUCAAGAAGCAGUACAAGAAGUUCAAGAAGAUGAGCACCAAGGAGAUGAUUGUGAUGUUCUUUUCGUUCUUCUGGAUGAUCUUUGUGGGCCUUUUCCACGUCGUCUACACCCUGGUGUGGGGGCUCAUCCAGAUCGUGUGGACCUCUAUGUUUGGCGGCGGCUUGGUCGAAGGUGCCAAGAACAUCAAGGUGACGGACAUCCUGGGGAACAUGCCUGACCCCACCCAGUUCGGAAUCCACAGUGACGUCCUAGAAGCAGAGAAAUCGGAGAUCAGUGAAACCACCACCUCGUCUGAUCUGGUGCAGUUAGCGAAAGGUGAAAAGGGAGAACCGGACUUGAUGUCAGAGUUAUUGGGUAGCACUAAGAAGGAAGGUCACUCGAAGCACAGUCCAGAGCCUGGUCUCGGGGAUAUCUCCGAAAUAAUCGGUACUGAUGCCCCAUCCAAUCUGGCAAGCGCAGUUCGUCAAAAGAAAUUGGAACAGGCAGGUGACUCCAGCAAGGACACAGAGACAGAAACCAAGGCCGAACCAGAAAAGGCAGAUCUUAUUCCUCUCAGCACGGAGGAUGGUGAGAAGAAGGACAAGGCGAAGGAAGAGGAGCAGGCAGAGCCGUUGAGCGAGGAGAAGAAGGCGCGAAGGAGGAGGCACGGGCAGAAGAAGGGGGAGAAGGAUGCCUUCAUGGCUAAGUUCUUAGCAGGCUUGGAGGUCUAUCAGACUAAAAUGCUGAACUACCUGGCUAGAAACUUCUACAACCUGCGAUUCCUUGCUCUCUUUGUUGCUUUUGCCAUCAACUUCAUCCUGCUUUUCUACAAGGUGACCGGGGAGGAGGAGGAAGACUCUGACCCCUGGAAUGGAGGUGAGGAAGACGAUGAUGAUGAUUUCGGGAUGGAGUUCUUUGUGUUGCAGGAGAGCACUGGCUACAUGGCACCCAUACUGCGGUUACUCGCCAUUAUCCACACUAUCAUCUCUUUAGUGUGUGUCGUUGGAUACUACUGUCUCAAGGUUCCUCUGGUUGUGUUCAAGCGUGAAAAGGAAAUCGCUCGAACGCUGGAGUUCGAUGGCCUGUACAUCACUGAGCAGCCCUCUGACGAUGACAUCAAAGGACAGUGGGACCGCCUUGUCAUUAGCACACCGUCCUUCCCUAAUAACUACUGGGACAAGUUUGUUAAACGUAAAGUCAUUAAUAAGUACGGGGAUCUCUAUGGACCAGAACGUAUUGCUGAACUCUUGGGCUUGGAUAAAAGUGCGUUGGACUUCAACCCUACCAAGGAAACAGCACAGAAGGAAGCAACACUAGUAUCUUGGCUGAGCUCCAUCGACAUGAAAUACCACAUCUGGAAGCUGGGGGUCGUGUUCACUGAUAAUUCCUUCCUCUACCUGGCUUGGUACACCACUAUGUCUGUCCUGGGUCACUACAACAACUUCUUCUUCGCUGCCCAUCUGCUUGAUAUUGCCAUGGGUUUCAAGACCCUGAGAACCAUCCUGUCCUCUGUAACUCACAAUGGAAAGCAGCUGGUGUUGACAGUGGGUCUGCUGGCAGUGGUGGUGUAUCUCUACACGGUCGUGGCCUUCAACUUCUUCCGCAAGUUCUACAACAAGAGUGAGGAUGAGGACGAACCUGACAUGAAGUGCGAUGACAUGAUGACGUGCUACUUGUUCCACAUGUACGUGGGCGUGCGUGCCGGCGGUGGGAUCGGAGACGAGCUUGAGGACCCGGCAGGGGACCCCUACGAGAUGUACCGCAUCAUCUUCGACAUCACCUUCUUUUUCUUUGUCAUCGUCAUCCUGCUGGCCAUCAUCCAGGGUUUGAUUAUUGAUGCGUUUGGUGAGCUCAGAGACCAACAGGAGCAAGUGAGAGAAGACAUGGAGACCAAAUGCUUCAUUUGUGGAAUUGGUAACGAUUACUUCGACAGAAUACCGCAUGGGUUUGAAACUCACACUUUAGAAGAGCACAACCUUGCAAACUACCUGUUCUUCCUUAUGUACAUCAUUAACAAGGACGAGACAGAGCACACUGGUCAGGAGUCCUACGUCUGGAAGAUGUACCAGGAACGCUGCUGGGACUUCUUCCCAGUCGGAGACUGCUUCCGCAAACAAUACGAAGAUCAACUGGGUUAGGAAAAAUGCCACUGCCUAUUGUAUUGAGUAUGUGACCUAAAGGCAAAUUGAAAUUGUUUUUCAAAUAUAAAACAAAAAUACACUGUUAAAACAUACUUAAGUACAUGUUAAAUAACCACCAACACGUAACGUUUAACCCUUUCUAAUCCCAUAUCCUUGCCAUUGUUUUAUUGGGGCUACGAAGUAAAGCUUGUCAUCACUUUAAAAAAAGGCAUGUCCAAUAUUUCAGUUUAACUAGAAUGUUUACCUGCUACCUUUGUGCCAUUGUGGAAAUGUAUUGCAUUUAUAACUUGCCCAAAACAAGUACUCUGUUUUUGAAUUAUAGAUUAUUCUGACAAACCUAUUACCUUUCAUCUGUAUAACCCCAAACCUUUCCACAAAGUCUUCUCAUGAAACACUGGGUUCAAUGAAGUCACUGUAUGGAUCUUCUAUGCAUGUACAUGUACAAGCAUACAAUUUCAAUGUUAAUUGAAUGUUGAACACUACUUAUGCCAAAAGUAGGGCUUCUAGAAUCAAAAAAGAAAACAAAUUUGAAACGUUUUUAUUUAUUGAACCUUUUGUCUGGCUCCUACCUGCUUGUUUAUUCAAAGAAUAUGGCUCUCCUGAGCUGUCACCAGUUCAAGAAGCUCUGCCUACCUUUUAUCAAGUGUCAAAAAAGAAAAGUGCCUUACCUUAACCAAGACGAAGCUAUGCAAGACAAUGUCUGUACUUUAUAGUAAUAGUAGUGCCGUAGUUCUCCAGGUUUAGCUGAAGCAGAAUUUAAUUAGGAGAGUUUUGUGGCUUUUGUUUUAGUUUUGUUAAAAAAAACUAAAAUGUAAAAAAAAACUAAAAUAUAAUCUGGGUGUAAAUGGACUCCGGUUGGAAUCUUUUCAGUUGUGGUUGUCCAGCCACAAAACUCCAAACCGUACAACAAAACCAUGGAUAUACAAGAAUUAAUUCGAAGGUUACCUGCCACAAACCUCCAAACCGUACAACAAAACCAUGGAUAUACAAGAAGAAUUAAUUUGAAGGCUACCUGCUACACCUAACAAUAAAGUGCUACUGUAUGGCGAUUUGUAUGUAGUAGCUUUGCUAACCUGUGCAUUUCUUUCAAAAAAUAAAAGUAUCCAAUGCAGUAAAA